AUGUUCAAGAGUGCGAUCUUUUUUGUUGCCAUGGUCGGGUUGGUUAUUUGCGACGAUAAAGUGCUAAAACCUUCGGAUAAGAGUACCGUGAAACGUGGACUAGAUUCCUUACAGUUUGGAUUUGGAGGACACAACUCGAUCGGAGCCGAUUAUUGGGCUAGUGCUCAAAAACUAACCGGGGCUCCUUGGCUACAGAACAGCGGUUGGAAGCACAGUCCAACACCGACGGAAAUAGCGGCCACGAUUGCAGCUGCCAAGCAAGCCUCGGCUCAAGUCCUGAUCGCUCAGCAGCAGGUUCAAGCGGCUAAGGAUAGUGUUCUGCAUCAGCAGAAGAUCGCCAACGAGAAGGAAGCUAGUGCGGCUUAUGCUUCGCAGAAAAGUGAAGCUGCAGCCGCGGUCCAACGCUCGGAGGCCGCUGCGGCUGCGCAAGCUGUGGUUUUAGCUCAGCAUCGUCUAGCGUCGGCCAAAGCAAAUGUUGCCCACCAUCAGAGGGUCGCGGCUGCCAAGGAGUCUCUCGCAGCGCAAGCCAUUCAAAGUUCCGCCAAAGCGGCUGCCGCGGAAAUUCAUCGUUCCGAACUAGAAGCCGCCAAGUUAGCCGCCCACCAGCGGGCGGAUUCUGCUUCGUUGAAUCAUCACGUGAUUGCCACUAAGGACGAUGCUUUUGCCCCAUUGAUCUAUGGAGGCAAUCAGAUUCCUACUACUCAGCUGUACCGGGCAUUGGCUGAACCUUGGAAUGAUCUGUCUGCACAGGCACCGUGGAUGAAUGGAUGGUCGUUCGGUUCGGCUAGACCAAUAUGGGGGUGA